AUGAGGAUAGUUCUCUGUAAUAUAUUUAAAGAAGGAAGUCAAGUUAAUCAGAUCCUAUGUGCUUUACUGAUUUGCAUCCCUUUAUACGGAUACGGAAACUGCAUAGGAUGGAUGUCUCCUAUGACUCUUCUGCUGCAGUCGAAGGACUCUCCAAAAGGCGUACCAUUCACAGAUAGUGAAAUAUCAUGGAUGGCAUCCUUGCCAUAUCUCAGUUGUAUCCCAUCGACCUACCUCGUGGCUUGGUGGGGAGACACAUUUGGAAGAAAAAACGCACUUAUUUUCAUGUCGUCACUCACAGCGGUCGUUUGGCUUCUGAAGUUGUGUUCGAUGAGUAUAUGGGUCUUAGUGAUUGCUAGGACAUUGGUCGGUGUCGUGAUGGCUGCCAGUUGCGUCACCUGUCCCACAUACAUUAAGGAAAUAAGCGACGACAAUAUCAGAGGAGCUUUAGGUUGCUGGGUCGCGCUAUUCUUUACUACAGGAAGCCUUUCUGCCUACGUUAUUGGCGAUUUGAUGACUUAUCAAAAUAUACUUAUCACGUUCCUGGUCAUACCCUUGGCACAUUGCCUAAUAUUUCUGGCUAUGCCGGAAUCUCCUUCAUAUCUUAUCAAAAAUGGAAGGGAUGAGGAAGCGAUAAAAGCAUUGAUGUGGUUGAGAUGUCGAAAGGGAAACGAUUCUUCUAUAAAAGAGGAAAUAGAUAUCAUUAAAAAAGAACAGAAGAAUGAUGAAGGGAAAGGAAAAUUUCUUUUAAAAAACAUCUUGACUGACAAGAUCCUGUGUAGAGCCUUUCAAAUAUCACUCGUAGCAUCAUUGGCUCGUGAGUUAUGUGGUGCAGUUCCUGUGUUGAACUUUGCUGGGGACAUAUUUCACUUAGCGUCGCAAAUGAUGGGGUUGGUGCUCACUCCCAACCAGCAGACGAUGGUUUUGGGUGUGGUGCAGUUCUGUGGUGCUGGUAUGGCGUCGAGUGUCGUCGAGAAGUGCGGUAGACGUCCACUUCUAUUUAUAACUAGCAUCAUAUCUGGCCUCAGUAUGUGCGUGCUCGCCACAUGGUUCCUCUUGAACGAGAACCAAAUUUCAGCGCCAGCUUGGAUCCCUGUGCUGAUGCUCUGCUUGUGCAUCUUCUGUGAUGCGUCUGGACUGAUGCCCAUCUCAGUGGUUAUGACUGGGGAGAUAUUUUCUUAUAAGUAUCGCGGAACAGUAUUAGCAACUACGAUGGCAAUCGCUUCAUUGGCUGACUUCUUUCAACUUUUAUUCUUCAAACCUUUAGCAAAAAGUAUAGGAAUUUACGUGGCUUUCUACUUCUUCGGAGCGAUGUGCUUGGGUACAGCUCUAUACGUGAUCCUCAUUGUACCAGAGACCAGAAAUAGGCAGCUAGAAGAAAUCUACGAUGAUUUGAGAUCUAAAAAGGAGAAAAGGAAAUUGGAGAAGCCGAAUGAGGCGUGACACCUAAAUUGAUGCAGA